UCAUUCACGCGUCCCAAUUCAGUCUUACAAUCCACAGAACAUGCAAUGAAGCUACGGCUGACAGAUAAACGGAAAAUCAAGCCACGACCAAAGACUAAUGAGGCUUUAAUGGAGCCAGUGCGAAAGUUUUGUGUAUGUCAGUCAACGGAAGACAAUGGUUUUAUGAUAUGGUGUGAAGUUUGCUUUGACUGGUUCCAUGGAGCAUGCGUGAACCUGACGCCAGCUGAGGCAAAAGGCAUGGCCCAUUAUACCUGUCCUCAAUGUACAGAGAAGAGCAAGGAGGGGGACAAAACGAAGGAGGAUGGUGGGCUUGAGAACUCUAAUAGUCAGCCGUCGAAGAAAGAAACUCGAAAACGAACCAUCAAAGCCAAACCUAAAGCUGCACACAAAACCAACAGCCGAACCUCCAACGACGGUCAUAAUGCCACAGACCCUACCACCCUGUCACAGCCUCCGUUGAAGAGAAGACGAGCUCUUCCGAGCAUUACUGCCGCAUCCCCUCAGAAACAGUACUUAUUAAAUAAUACCUCACCUGUACAACAACCUAUACGCGCUAGAGCCAAAAUUAUGGUCAUCCCACAUACCACCGAAGAUUUUCCAAUAUCCCCAUUAUCAACAACAUCCUCCAUGGAUACUACUUCUCAUAUAUUCUCGCCAACCCCAAUAUUGUCUACCAUUGUUCAUGAUGAAGAAAACGAGCCAAAGCAACCAUGUUUUAUAGGAAUGCUCAACGAUGACUGCUUAUUGCAUAUAUGCCAAAUUGUUGGCGAACAGUCGAUAAAUAACCUCCUCACUUUUAUGGGAGUCUGCAGGCGCUGGCGCAUGGUAGCUCUCUCUCCAUCUGCAUGGGAUGCUGUUGGCGUGGAUUUGCGAAAGUUUUGCACGCAAAUUUAUGCCAUGGUAGCGUCACAGCAAUUAUUGCAUCAAUUCUCUCAUAUUCGCAAGUUUCGCUUCAGAGAUGAUAGGCAUUCUAAUCAUGCUAUUUGGUCGUUCAAAUUUCGCACCAUGACAUGGAUAUUUCCCAAAUUGAGGGAAGCUUCAUUCGAUAGCAUGUUGGUGGAGCAUAUAUUUGCUUUCAUUUCGGCGUUUCGCAACUUAGAGGUCAUAUCAUGUACACGGAUGGAAAAGCCGCCUUAUUUCGAAAUGAAUUUUUUAUCGUUUGCCGAUCACACUCAACUUCGAAAACUUCAUCUGCAUUUUCAGCAUCCAUGCGAGCAUUCCAGCUAUGGUUAUUUGAUGAAGAAGCGAGGACAAUGGUUGCCCUCUAGCUUGCAGACACUCUCAAUCAUCAACUUAUAUGACACCGAAGAACAUGAUAUUACAGGAAGCGACUGGUGGAACGUACGCACGGACAAUGACUUCAACAGAUUGGUGGCACGGUGGAACUUGAUGGAAGAGGCUCUGGUCUCCAAAUACGCGUUCUUCAGCGGUAUGCCGCAUUUGAGACAUCUGACGGUAGGAAGGUGCAAUUCUUGGACGUCGAGAGUCUGGAUGGAAUGCUUCUUACCGUGCUGCGAACAACUCGAGCACCUCCACCUUAUAGGCUGGGAUGGUGACGGCUGCCGAGAAUCACCCACGAGCUGGCGACAACGUGUGGCAGACGAGGGCGAUGAUACUAUAAGGGAUUCAAAUGACGACGCAGAGCAAGCUAUCAUACAUUGUAUCAGUCAGAUGAAGAGCCUGCGUAGCCUCCGUUUAGAAGAUUUUAAUGUCCCCCCUGGCCUCAUCGAUUUGGUGCACAAGUUGCCGAGAAUGGAGUCUUGCAGUGUAUUUUGAUCGCUUUCGAUGUAUCAAUAGACUAGAAAUUCGUUGUCUUAAUUCGCCCCGAUAUAUUAGCUUGAGUAAAGUUCUCCUCGCUAUUUGUACUAUUGCAUUUAUGGAAAGUUUUGUACCCAUAACUCCCAUCCACUCAAUUCUACCGCGAAGUCCGAUGAAACUCAUUGAGAGCUCAGUCAGUCAGACCCUUAAUGGUCUCGGAGAGUCACUGCUGAAAUUGAAG